AGGCGCGAGUGUAUCUUGUCUCCUCCCAAAUUUCGUAGCACGGAGAAUCGCUCGCGGCCGGCCUUUCUGGCGGGCCUCAAGUAGAGAUUCACAACUAGGGCUGGAGCAAGAGGGCGGCCUCGAGGGAGAAUCGCGGGCGGGGCGGAUUUCUCCACGCCACUGGACACAAAGCGCCGGCGCCGUCUCCGCUUUGUGGGCGCAAAAAGCCCUUGAGUGGGUGGCGGCCACGGGGAUCGCCCAGUCCUUCCUCUCCCUUUUUCUUAGCGAAUGACUCGGAUAUUUCCCAACCUGCCGGCAGCAGCUACAAUCUAAGCAAGGGCCGGGGCCGCCUCAGAGCCUUCCCCUGAACUCCAUGGAGAAGGCAGCUACAGCGGCGCAAAGCCCCGGGGACAACGUGUCAGCGGCCGUGGCUACAGCCAAUAGCAGCGGCGGAGGCAGUAACAGUAGCAGCCGGAGUAGCAGUCGCCCCACGUCGGCGGGCUCCUCGCCUUCCACUUCUACCAGUCGGGGUCUCUAUGGCCGGCAAGCAGGAGCGGUGGUUGCAGCGGUGGCCGUGAGGCCGGAUGGAGGAAGCAGCAGCAGCCCUAGUUCAGCUGCGGCCAGUCCAGGAGGAGGCUGCGGCGGCGGUGCCCCGGGGGGACUGGCGGCUGGUAGGAGAACGGAGGCAGUUCUGGAGGGGACCUUGAGCAAAUACACCAACCUCAUCCAAGGUUGGCAAAGCAGGUAUUUUAUAUUGGAUUUUGAGACUGGAAUUCUACAGUACUUUGUAAAUGAGCAGAGUAAAAACCAGAAGCCUCGAGGAAUCUUAUCUUUAGCUGGGGCUAUAGUUUCUCUCAGUGAUGAAGCUCCAAACAUGUUGGUGGUAUAUUCUGCUAAUGGAGAAAUGUACAAACUGAGAGCUGGUGAUACAAAGGAGAGACAGUACUGGGUGACUCAACUUCGAUCUUGUGCCAAAUACCACACAGAAAAUAAUUUGAAGAGCACUCUGACUUCACGAGCAAAAAGUUUGACUUUGUUGCCCCUUGGAACAGCUAACUCCACAUCUCUCAAUUCUCAAAAAAUCGUAAGUCAGAGUGGGCCUCCAGUUGUCACCAUUACGCAUCACAAAUCUCCUGUGGUAGCCCGAAAAACCAAACCUCAGUAUCCCCACCAGCUUCAUGGAGUCAGAGAAAUUAUGGCCCAAGUGGAAGGACAACAGAAGAACCUUGUGCAAGGCAUUGAAUCCCUUCCAGGUUCUGGUCCUCUUUCUGCCUUUGAUCAAGACUUGCUGCUUUUAAAAGCUACCUCUGCUGCUGCUCUCAGUUGCCUGGGAGAAUGCCUACAUUUGCUUCAACAGAAUAUAAGCCAAGUGAGUGUACCCCGGAACAGGACAUUAACUUCAGAGAAUAUCUUAGUAUGGCAUGGAUCAAAGUCAAAUUCUGCAGAGAUACUGAAAAAUAGUGCUCUUGGUUCUUUAACAACAGCGAGUGCCAGUCUCUCAUGGUCAGUCAUACCAUCUGGGAUACAAGAUGAAACUAUGCAUACAACUCGUGAAGUGAUUCUGGUUGAAGAUGAGGUGACAGACACUGAAGACAGUGAAGAGGACGAUUUAGUAGACUUGGAUGAUCAGCGUAGUGUAAUCCUUCAUAUUAUCUCACAACUGAAACUUGGGAUGGAUCUAACUAGGGUAGUCCUUCCAGCCUUUAUUUUAGAGAAGAGGUCUCUACUGGAGAUGUUUGCAAACUUCUUGGCCCAUCCAGACUUAUUUUUAUCAAUUUCAUGUGGAACCACUCCUGAGGAAAGAAUCAUCUCCUUUGUGGAGUACUAUUUGACAGCCUUUCAUGAGGGCCGAAAAGGAGUUGUUGCCAAGAAGCCAUAUAAUCCAAUAAUUGGAGAAACAUUUCAUUGCUCUUGGAAUGUGCCUAAGGACAGAGUAAAACCAGUGAGAGCAAACACUGCCUCUUGUGGUCUCAAGGGGCAAGCUUCAUCGGAAUGUUAUAGGCUGAGAUUUGUAGCUGAACAAGUGUCCCAUCAUCCACCAGUAACCAGUUUUUACUGCGAGUGCAAAGAGAAGAAAGUGUGUGUGAAUGUUCAUGUAUGGACCAAAAGCAAAUUCAUGGGGAUGUCUGUAGGUGUUUCUAUGGUAGGUGAAGGCAUUCUUUAUCUCUUGGAACAUGGGGAGGAAUAUAUAUUCACAUUGCCUUGUGCCUAUGCACGUUCAAUACUUACUAUUCCUUGGGUGGAGCUUGGAGGCAAAGUCAAUAUUCACUGUGCUAAGAGCGGUUACUCUGCUACGGUCACAUUCCACACCAAGCCAUUUUAUGGAGGAAAAUUACACAGGGUUACAGCAGAGGUGAAGCAUAAUCCGACCAAUACCAUAGUGUGUAAAGCACAAGGAGAGUGGAAUGGCAUUCUGGAAUUCACAUACAGCAAUGGUGAAACCAAAGUAAUUGAUACCACCAAAUUACCCAUAAUCCGGAAGAAGAUCAGACCAAUAUCAAAACAAGGCCCCUUUGAAUCAAGGCAUUUAUGGCAACAUGUCACUGCUGCCCUGAAGGAAGGUGACAUUGAUGUGGCAACAGAACAUAAGCAUGUCCUUGAGGAGAGGCAACGAAAAGAGGAGAGGCAACGAGCAACUAGUAAUACACUUUGGAAACCAAAAUAUUUUAUCAAAGAGGGCGAUGGGUGGAUGUACUUUAAUCCCCUCUGGAAGAGUCAUUGCUAAAUUCACCUGGAUUCAAAUGCCCAUUUUUAAAGGCAUUAAAUAGAUGCAUUAUUUAAUCUUCAGAUGUGAUUGUCUUCUUGUUAAUUAAAGCUGCAUUUUGUAAAUAAUGCACCUCAAAAUGAAAAACUCUUUGUUGAAGAGCCAUUCUCUAUGCAUAUAUUAGAAGUGGAUAUGCUCCCGUGUGUUGAUACCAUAUGUGCAUAUUGUGUGUAACACACAUAUCACACGUGCAGUAAUUAAAUAUCUGAUCUUUUGCUGUGAAAUCAAUGUAUACCACAUUGCUUGCAGGAUCAGACUUCACAUUAUCACUUUCUAGUAUUGAUGAAUUUUUGUAUUUUUCACACUGCCAAAGUUUUGCACUUAAAGCCACUGAAUAACUUACAGCUGUAACAGAGCCUGCCUAAUGAACAUAUUUUGACAAUAAUAUAUUUGUCUGUUUGGAUGUAACAUGUAAAAGCAGGUUUCUGCCUUUGUAGGUCAUGCUGAAACUUUGUUUCCUGGCACUAUAUAGGAAAAUAGAAAUAUCUAAGCAAUUUUGUUAGCCAUUGACCCCAUCCUUCUCACUAUGUGCUUUAUACACCUAAUGGAUAUAUUUGUUUUUUGGGAGAAUGUAGCUAUUUGAUAACUUAAUUGAACCAGAGAUUUCUGAAACACUAUUAAUUUUUCAAAUGCACGAAUAGUUUUUUGGAUCCAGUUUUGUUGACAACAUCAAUUUAUUUUAUUUUUCAUAUUUGUAAACUGUCCAUCUUCCUCAAAGAGGGAAACAUAAAUACAGAACUUACUUAUGGGAUCAUUGAAAUAAUUUGUUCAAAAAAUGGCUAGCUGUUGAGAUGACUGUUUCGGCACAAGUCCAAACACUGGAAGGAAAGACUUCUUCCACAUAACUUGUUGCUAUAACAAGAGACAAUCAAACUGUGUUAUUUGCUAUGAAGUGUUUCCUUGCAAAAAAACUCUAACUACAUGCCUACAUACCUAAAUAAUAUUUAUCAACUAUUGGGAGAAAAGAUUAGGCAAGAAAUUUACCUUCCCAUAAAAUGGUUUCUGCUGUUUAGAAUGCCCAUUCUGUUGUACCAGCCAGCUGGUUUGCAUAUUUAUCCCAGCCAACUAGAAUGGUGCAUGAGAAAGUCUAGCUUCCUCAAGAUGAGGGAGAUGCAAACUUCCCGUAACUACAGAAUGGUCCAACUGAUUGUUAAUCAUGUAUGGAGAAGUCCAGAAUACAUAAAGAAUCCCUACAGAAGAUUGCAAAGUCCUAUUCAUAGUACACAGUAAGAUGGAUCAGUGAAAAUAAGUGUGCAUCUUAUCCCCCUAGUUAUUACUUCAGUAUUAUUGCUUAUAUUUCUUAAUAUCAAUAUAGAUUUAAAUUAAAUUAAAAGAAUCAAAGUUAUCAAAGUAAAAAGUUCAGUCUAUAAAAUCAUAUUAUAGCUUCCCCCCCUCCCCAAUACAUUCAUUUUGAACUGACUUGGAUUAUUUUUGUGCCUUGUCUGCUUGAAUUUUUAUAUCUUAAUAAUGAGUGAAAGGCUAAUGAAAGUUUUACUAGCUUUUAAAAUAUUUGUUUUCAAUGAAAAUCUUAAGAUGGUAGUUAAAAGUAUGCAUAUCUAUCUAUAUACAGUAAAACAACGUAUUAAAUAAAUAAUGUGAUUUAAUUAUGUUUAUGGAAAUGCAUUCAAUUUAUAAAAACUGAAUUUAUUUAAUCAUGCUUAAAAACUAUUUAAAAAGAAAUAAAGCUAUAUCCUGGAGAUAAUGGUAUUAAAUCUUUGCUUCUAAAAAGAAAGCUCCUUUGGUAUCAAAUUUUACAUGCAGAUCAUCAUUGAUAAUAGUAGAAACCUAACUUGCAUUACUUGUAUAACAAUAUAUAGGAGGCUGAGAUUAGUCUGGUAUGCAACAAGCACAUUAACAGAUGCUCUUAGAGACUUCUGAAACUGCAGUUUUGUGUUAUGUUUUCUAUUCAUUAUACAAAUAGUUGGUUUCAUUUUUGGAUUUCUUUAAUCAGUUCUGUGUUGAUACAAAACUCCUGAGUCCUAAUCAUUUUGAUAUAGAUAGUCAUGCUUUUGGGAUUUAUCUUCAUGAAUAGAUAUCUGGUAUUUCUUUUAUUGAAGGGACACGGUGGCUCAGGGGUUAGGACGUUGAGUUUGUCGAUUGAAAGGUCAGCAGCUCAGCAGUUCGAAUCCCUAGUGCUGCCGUGUAACAGGGUGAGCUCCCAUUACUUGUCCCAGCUUCUGCCAACCUAGCAGUUUCGAAAGCAUAUAAAAAUGCAAGUAGAAAAAAUAGGGACCACCUUUGGUGGGAAGGUAACAGCGUUCCAUGCGCCUUUGGCGUUGAGUCAUGCCGGCCACAUAAUCGGACGGUGCUGGCUCUUUGGCUUUGAAACGGAGAUGAGCACCGCCCCCUAGAGUCGGCAACAACUAGCACGUAUGUGCGAGGGGAACCUUUACCUUUACCUUAUUUCUUUUAUACACAGGAUAUUUCACACUGCAUGAUAAACCAUGUUAGUCCUGUUCUAAUAAAUACUUUGUUCAUAAAACAAUUGGCAGCUGAAUACGUGGUGAAUAUUAAAAUUUUCAAAAUUAUGAGACUAUGCACAACCUUAAAUCUGAAAAAUACUAAUCAACAAGGGGUUCAAAAAAAAUAAAUCCAAGAUAACUUUCUUUCUCCUUCCAAAUGUAAAUGUUGCCCCUUGAAUUUCACAGUUGAAUCAAUAACAUGCCUUAUUUAUAGAUCAUUAUGUAUUGUUUUGCAUUUAAGAUUGAAUGUUUCUUUUCAGUUGAGAUGAUGUAAAUUUUGAAUUAUAAAUGUUGAUGUAUUUCCAGUUAUAAGAUCUAUGCAAUUUCUUCUUAAAUAUAAUUAUUCAUAAACAAAAAUAUACUUAUUGUUAAGAUCCAAUUAUUUGGCAAUCACUUCUGAUUAGUUUUGUUUUCAUACUUUGGGAAUUAAAAUCAUGAAUUAAAGGCAAUAAAUCUUAUUUGAAUUUAUUACUGUCUGUACAGCUUUUCCUGGUUACACUGCAUAAUUCUCUUUCUGAAAUAAUACUAAUCAGAGGUCAAACUUCAGUAUGCUUUGAUACUACAAAACAUCAACUUCAGUAGCAGCAUUUCAGUGGAUCAUUGUAUGAUCAUUGGCACAUAUGUCAAUCAUUACAACAUAUAACAAAUAAUUCAGAAAUGGCUACUAAAAUGAAUGUUGUGUCAAAGAGAGUUCAGAGUGUCAAACUACGCUUCAUCCUCAGAUAUUUCCAUGUAUUCUAUGAGAUAGCUACAUAGCUGUGAUUGGAUCACUUAUCUAGUGACCAUUUCCAUGAUUGAGGAAAGACAUGAACCUGGGUCUGUCCCAGGGGUGAAAUGCUACUGGUUUGCACCGGUAUUAAUAAAAGCUACCGGUUCGGGUGAACCAGUAGUAAAAAGAGGUUACCGGUUCAUCUGAACUGUUUCCAACAAUCAGCUGUGCCGUGCUAGAAAGCAGGAAAUCCUGCUUUCUAGAUCUAGAUCACAUGGCACAGCUGUUUCCCCCACCUUUGCUGUUCUACUUAUCUUCUUAAGCCACCUUUUUCUGCAUGAAGUGCGCAUUUGGUGUGCACUGUGCACGUGCGUGCAGCAUGUUUGGCACGCACUGCACAUGCAUGCAUACAGUUCAUGUUUGGUGCACACUGCGCUUAUACGGGCAGCAAAUCAGUGGCAACCCCCAAAGGAUUUCAUCGCUGGUCUGUCCCCACUGCUACUCCAAUUCCUCAGGACUGCCUGGUUUGACUAAUGUUGAUGCAAUAGAAUGUCAUGGUAUGGUUUAAGGACAUUGGAACUAUUGUAUUCAAACUUUGAACUACAGAGAAGAACAUUUCCAGCUGACUGAAUUUUGGAUUUUAUGCUACUUUAAUCCCCACAAUAAGUGGCAAACAAUUCUCACCUGAUAUUUCUAUAGGAAUUUUACUACAGACCUAACCAAUGAGUUUGCUGAGUUGUUGGGCAAUAGUAGCCAAGUAAGAAAGUUAAGUUCUAUGUUACUCUGAGUAGUUUAGAAUGUUGAAAUUACAGGAUUGAUACUGAGCAGUAGGUGGUAGAAAGCACAAGAUUCCUGUUAAUAUGCUGAAGAGUACUUCUGUCCCAUAUGUCAGCCUCUAUGAUGCUUGCUAUCAGCUGCCAUAGAAUGGGAGGGGGGAAGAUUGGCAUUUGGGUGGGAAAGUGAGCUGGAGAGAGAUCCUCUAUGUGAACAAAAAGGGAGGAUUGCUCUCAUGAUCUACUGCGCAGCUGAAUGGAUUGUUUAUACCUUGUCAAGGUCAACCAUCCCGGAAUGCCAGGUGGCCAAAAACACCUGAGGAUGCGCCCCACAUGACACCAUAUGGGCUGGAGAUUGGACAUUCAAUCUAGGUCCUUGGGGGGGAGGGAUUUGGGGAUACUUUCAAUAUGUAACUUUCGUGCCUUUUGCUUCAGAUCUUGCUUUUUGUUCGUUGCUAUAAUUUCAAACUCAGUAAAAGUACUUCUCUAUAAACAUGGAGUUGGGGGGUUUCUUUCUUGGGUUUUGAACAGAGGCACGUUUGACAUCUACGUAUUGCAUCUGCACAAUAUGAAUCAAAAGUAGUUGGCAGGUAUAUAUAUAUAUGAUAGGUUAAAAUCAUUUGAUCUACGAACCUUUAUCCUGCAUAUUAGAUUCCUGUCCUCAAGGGUAUUGUUAAACACUACAUUUCAACAAAAUCAGUAUGAUUGAAAAAAAAUUCAAGGGAGCCAGACAAAGGGAGCUCUCUUCGGCAAAGAGAAUUAAAAACUGAGCAUGGAAAAGAACACAGUACAAUACUAUGACAGAAGCACAUCUUGUUGGCAUCCACAACAUUCUUUUUUUUAAAAUACUUUUCAGUUUUUUUAAAAAAACAAGACAUAAACACUAACAUAAAACAUAUACUCCUCCUUUACAUCAGCUUUGUAUCGGUAAUCCUCCAUUUAUAUUUUCCCCUCCGUUUUUUUAAAUUAUACUUAUCUUUUUGUCCCAUUA